CUGCAUACCUUCCGUAGCUAGGUUGUACAAGAACUUUCGAACAGGACUAAUAAUAUGGCUAUCUCGGACGGUGAACUCUUCGGAAUCAACGCGGCUGCGGCUCAGCAGAAGUACGGUGUUAAGCCCAAGCUCGACUAUCAGACCGUCAGCGCCGUCAACGGACCUUUGGUCGUUUUGGACAAUGUCAAGUUUCCCUCAUACAACGAGAUUGUCCAGCUUACCCUUCCGGAUGGAAGCGUACGAGGAGGACAAGUCCUUGAAGUCAGCGGGACCAAGGCUAUCGUUCAGGUUUUCGAGGGUACUUCCGGAGUCGACACUAAGGCUACCCGAGUCAGCUUUAGCGGAAACGCCAUGAAGCUCGGAGUCAGCGAGGACAUGCAGGGACGAAUUUUCAACGGUUCUGGUCAGCCCAUCGACAAGGGUCCUGCCGUCUGGGCCGAAGACUACCUCGACAUCAACGGGUCCCCCAUCAACCCUUUCUCUCGUAUCUACCCGGAAGAGAUGAUCCAGACUGGUAUCUCGACUAUCGACACCAUGAACUCGAUCGCUCGAGGUCAGAAGGUGCCCAUUUUCAGUGCUUCUGGUCUUCCCCAUAACGAGAUCGCCGCCCAGAUCUGUCGUCAGGCUGGUCUUGUGAACCGACCCGGUGAUGCCAUCAACCGUCCUGGAGCCACCAAGGGUGUACAUGACGGACACGCCGACAACUUCUCGAUCGUUUUCGGUGCCAUGGGUGUCAACAUGGAGACUGCUCGGUUCUUCAAGCAGGACUUUGAAGAGAACGGUAGUUUGGAUCGAGUUACCUUGUUCAUGAACUUGGCCAACGACCCUACUAUCGAGCGUAUCAUUACACCCCGUUUGGCUCUGACCACAGCCGAGUACUUUGCCUACCAGCUGGAGAAGCACGUUUUGGUCAUUCUGACCGACAUGUCAUCUUACGCCGAUGCCUUGCGAGAAGUCUCGGCUGCCCGAGAGGAAGUGCCCGGUCGACGUGGUUACCCCGGUUACCUGUACACCGAUUUGUCCACCAUCUACGAGCGUGCUGGUCGAGUCGAGGGCAGGAACGGUUCGAUCACUCAGAUCCCCAUUUUGACCAUGCCCAACGAUGACAUCACCCAUCCCAUUCCCGAUUUGACCGGAUACAUUACCGAGGGACAAAUCUUCAUCGACCGUCAGCUCGACAACAGGCAGAUCUACCCUCCUAUCAACGUCUUGCCUUCUUUGUCCCGAUUGAUGAAGAGUGCCAUCGGAGAGAAACUCACGAGGAAGGAUCAUGGAGACGUUUCAAACCAGCUGUACGCCAAAUACGCUACUGGAAAGGAUGCCGCAUCCAUGAAGGCCGUUGUCGGAGAGGAGGCUUUGUCCGCAGAGGACAAGCUCUCUCUGGAGUUCUUGGACCGAUUUGAGCGUGAAUUUGUGGCCCAAGGCCCUUACGAAUCGCGAACUAUCUUCGAGAGUCUGGAUCUCGCCUGGGACCUUCUCCGAAUCUUCCCUAAGGAGCAGCUCAACCGUGUCAACCCUAAGAUUGUUGCCGAAUUCUACCAGCGCAAAGCCAAGCAGCAGGGAGACAAGAAGGAGGACAAGAAGCAGGAUGACAAGGCGGAUGACAAGCUCAUUGACGCAUAGAUCUAGAUAGUGCUCGUUUCCUCCUCGAUGUAUACCUUCUUGCUGCUUUCCAUCUGUUUUCACCAUGCCGAAUGACACCUUUUUUGUACGAGUACGUUGGUGAAUUUGGUCCAGAACGGACUCGCAAUUAUGACGUCAGUCCGCGACCAGGAUUCGCGUUUCACUUUCGGCUCAAGCCCGAGGACGCAAAGGACG